AUGAAUCUUCAGGUUACACCCUACGCAUCUUCUCCAUCUUCGUCCUUCCCUCCAGAAUACACUGGCGAUGCCGGCCACGAAAGCGACAUCUGCCACGGCAUCUGGUUCGAUGCUCUGCUCGUGGUUCCGGCGGUGCUGUUCGUCGUAUACUUGGUGCUGAACGCGAGCAAGAAUGUGAAGAAGCUGUGGCGUGGAGGCUCCUACGUCAUGAUUGCGUAUUACGCCCUCCUCUGGUUCGCCAGCUCCCUCAAUCUCGCUUGGUGCUGCCUUCAGGCCUGGCAAUGCUCUCCUCAGAAGGAAGUUGCUUGGAAUUUUCUGUCGCUGUUAGUUGAAUCUUCAAUCUUAUGCUUGGAAAUUAGUGUGAUCGCUUUCUUGCUCCAAGAUAAUUAUGCUACUGGAAUGGAAACUUUGGGACGAACCUUUCUCGUGUCAGGAAUUAUUGUUGGUGUCGAUCUGCUGUUCAAGGCCAUUUACGUUUUUGGGUUUGGGGUACCACUAUUUGUUGAAGGACUAGAGAACACUCAAAGAAUGAAAUGGGGAAUGUGGAUCAUCCAUCAACUGUUGAUAUUUGGAGCCUACGGGUUUGUGUUAUUUGUGCAUUUCUCAGGAGGCAAGGAUAAAUUGCCUCCAAGGCCAGCAUUCUACAACUACAUCAGCAUGAUGUUUAUUAUAAAUGCAAUGGGAUUGUUUGCUUGUGGAGUUGCUGCUGUUGGGAUUGGCUUCGGCAUUUGGUUGUACUACUUCCUGGUUCUGUGCUACCACUCUCUCUACCUUCCAUUCGUAUACACAACAUUUCUUGCCGAUUUUUUCCAGGAAGAAGAAUUUCUUCUGGAUAAUGCAUACUACUCAGAGAUGAAAGAUGCAGGGUUCUUUGAUGCUGAUUGGGAGUAG